AAUAUGGAAAUUUUGACACCUGUACAAAGAAAACGCUUUCCCAUUCGAAAUUUGUGAUCUUUCGUUCCUCCACAACAUACAAAUGUUCGGGACAUGUCUUGGUGUUUCUAAGGUCCAAGUUUUCUUUUUUUCGGAGACUGGAUUGUGAUUUUUUCCUAAGAAACUUACGACCCAUUGUUAACCAAUGAGAAAGCACCUUUCUGUUCCCACCCAUGUAUUAGCCAAUCAGCGGCGGCGAUGACGUCGCGUCACAUGUUAAGCACGCAGUAACAAUAUAUCAUCAAGGGCUGAGCAAGGAGAAGUCUUCAGAAAAAAAUUGCAACCUUGGCCGAGGUGACUAUGGCCAGCAGCAGCAAUAGCUAUGUGAAUGGGAACAGAAACUGUCAUGGCGACAAUCCGCAAGUCAAGCGGGCCAAGUGGGUCGUUCCCUCGUCCCAGAUGGCGAAAAACACCCACAAUCCCAUCCGGCAGAUCGUGGAUAACAUGAAGAUUGAACCCAACCCUGAGAAGAAAAUGAUCGCUCUUUCUAUCGGUGAUCCGACCGUAUUUGGGAACUUGGAGCCUCCACGUGAGAUAGAGGAAGCCGUCAUUGACUGCAUCCAUACGAGGAAGUAUAACGGCUAUGCACCGUCCAUUGGCUAUGAAACUGCGAGAGCAGCCAUCGCAAAAUAUUACACCAGUCCAGAAGCACCCCUUGAAGCCAAAGAUGUGAUAUUCGGCAGCGGGUGUUCGGGUGCCCUGGACCUGUGUAUCUCAGUACUGGCUAACCCAGGACAGAACAUCCUGGUCCCCAGGCCUGGCUUCUCUCUAUACAAGACACUGGCAGAGUCCAUCGGAGUAGAGAUUAGACACUACAAUUUACUGCCUGAGCGUUGCUGGGAGAUUGACCUGGAGAACCUGCAGUCGUUGGUAGAUGAGAACACUGCAGCCGUCGUGGUGAACAAUCCCUCCAACCCCUGCGGCUCUGUCUUCACCAAAGAACACAUACAGGACAUUCUACGAGUUGCAGAGAGGCUCAGAUUGCCCAUUGUGGCAGAUGAGAUCUAUGCAGAUAUGGUGUUUUCUGGACACAGCUUUCAUUUCAUGGCCUCUCUCACUACUGAGGUGCCUAUCCUGUCAUGUGGAGGGCUGGCAAAAAGAUAUAUUGUCCCAGGCUGGCGUGUGGGCUGGGUGCUCAUCCACGACCGACAUGGGGCCUUUGAAGCAGAGGUCCGUAAUGGCUUGCUGAGACUGUCCCAAAGGAUUCUGGGUCCCAACACGCUGAUCCAAGCCGCCAUCCCGCGGAUUCUGGAGGAAACGCCCCAGUCUUUCUACCAGGACACCAUGGCUCUCGUACAGAGGAAUGCAGAGCUGUUCUUCAACGGAGUGUCCAAGAUCCCAGGGCUAAGUCCCAUCAUGCCUUGUGGUGCUAUGUACAUGAUGGUGGGGAUUGACAUAGACAAGUUCCCAGAGUUCAGCAGUGACGUGGAGUUCACCCAACGUCUGGUCUCCGAGCAGUCCGUCUUCUGUCUGCCCGCCUCGUGUUUCCAGUACCCCAACUUCUUCCGUGUAGUCCUGACCCUACCAGCGGAGAUGGUCAGCGAAGCUUGCGAGCGAAUCCAAGAAUUCUGUUCCCAACACUACAUGGUGGGCAGCAGUGCCAAUGGGGCAUUCUGAAGACCAACACCGUGUCACACUUUCAGGAUUCAUUAGUUGCUAUUGAAGCAAUUUGAAAAAAAAAGCCACACAUAAUGAAAGGCUUGUUCAUUUGUAUUGCAGUGAAAAGUUUGAGUUGAAAUUUGUGUUCUGCUGUGUUAACAUGGCCAGUACCAAAUCAUAAGCAAUAUGCUGCUUUGCAUGGAUGUACUAAAUGUGCAUUUCCAAUGUGGAUAGGAAAAAGGAUAGCUAUUGAUCACAUUAAUUUUAUCCUGCCAUGAUGUCAAUAUGAUACAAUAAAGUAUGAGCUCUGCUGCAGAGGUGAUAUAUAUUUUGAAAUAUUUUAAUGUUCAGAAUUUUGACAUUACGUACAAUGUGAUCAUCACAGUGACUGUAGUUCAAGUCAAAUUUCCUUGCCUAAAGUACCACUUUUCCAAGAUAUUUUAGUCAAUCCUCAUGAAAUUGCUUAUUGACAUUGACUUUAUUAAAUAUAUAUUACCAAAUUUUGUGUUCCAACAUUUGUCAUGGGCUAUUCAAUCUUAAAAUCUCAGAAGGGGUGGGCAGGAACAUCUUGCAUUUCAUUUUGAAAAAUUAUCUUCCCCAGGGUUUUAGAAUAGAAUAGCCCAGAAGGCAUUAAGUGUGUUAAAUGUCAUACUUCUGCAUGGCUAAUAUGUGUGUCAAUGCUAUUUUUAAAUGUGUUGAAUGAAAAUGGUGAUAGAAAAUUACCUCAAAUCAUGGUCAUAUUGAAAUAAUUAAAAGUAUAGACUAUAGAGUCAUGUACAGUGAGAUGACUUAAUAUGAACUGACUUUGUAGUGUAAAUGACAUACACUUAAAUCAUGUACAUUAACAGAGGUCUGUCAGUACAUGUACUGUAAAUAAUUAGUGCACAAGUCAGUCUACUAGUGACCAAAUUAGACAUUUUGUCAGUCACAGCUUCUCUAAAGCACGAUGUGUUCUGCACCUACCAGACUUCAAGGCUGUCAUGCUAUAUGCUUAGCUAGUAUGGUGCUUAACAGAUAGUUGCUAAGGGCUUGGAGAAGUGCUGAACUCACCAGGAGUUUUAACAUUACCAGUAUGCAAUGUUAAGGUCAAAUGUUGAUGGUGACUGUCCUUUUGGCCUUGGUCCAAAUACAACAUUCAUCGUGGUAGAUUAACUGCCAGAUGGGCUGAUAUACAUGUACAUGAGUACAUGAUUGGCCCUUCGACUAAAUGUCUUUUCAGUUGAUUUGCAUUAAAACCCCAACACUAUGCACAUGCAGAAAUUUUAAUUACUGAUUUUGUUUGGGAGUGGUAUAUUCUCUUAUAGCCUAUUUGAAUGGGACCCAGAUCAAAGCUUUUCUGGCCAAUGGUCAUUUUACUGAUGAAAACUAAGCAUUGAAUGAUAUCUAGAUGUUUGUAGCAAGUUCAGGUGACCAUAUGAUUGUGACUCUGACACUAAACCUCUGCAUACCACCAGGUUAUCCUAUAUACUGCUUGUAGAGUCAGAAGUAAUACUCUUGUUGCAAGUUGGCAUGGUCUUUUUAACUUUAUGUUGCUUCAUAUGUAUAAUUCUACUAACAUAGGCUUUGCGGCUGCUAUGCGUAGUGAACAUGUUUCUAACUUAUUUCCUAACAGUAAUGUUUUCUGUUAUCCUUGUUGCCUAUUGGUUUUAGUGUGAUGUGUGAUAAAUAGUUGUAUUUAGUGGACCAGUACACAGUUGUUAGGUGCAGGACAAGAAUUUCAGAUCUUGUUUGUUUCAGAAAUAAGAUUUUUGCUCAAGGGGCAAUGUAACAAAUGAGAUACUAAUAAUUAUAAGACGGUUGUGUUUACGAUGAUCAAUCUCAACCUACUGUAUAGGGAUACAGUAAAAUAAAUUACAGGAAGUGUG